UUCUUUUCAAAGGGGAUUACAACUAGACUAAAUUAGAAACAACAACAAAAAAAACAUCAAAUAAUCUGCGCUUAAAACAUUUCAUUUCAUUCACGUAGAAUACCACAUUCAUCAAUUAAAGCUGAUAUUAUUGUUUGAUAUUAUAUCGAAAGGCAUAAUUAAUGUGGAACAAGGAGGUUGGCAGAAGAAUCAAUCAACAUCAAAACAGUCAUUCUACACGCACACACGAUAUUUACAUAAUUAUAGGAAAAUGUCUUCACUGUUGAAUGCUAUAAAAUCGUCUAGCAUUGUCCAUCUGUGCUUCGCUAUCAGCUACUUUACAUCUGGACUUGUGAUCAACUUGAUGCAAUGCAUUCUAUUUUUAUGCAUCAAACCAUUCAAUAAAAGAUUAUUUAGAACAUUACUCUACUAUCUCUGCUACUCGUUUCAUUGUCAACUGGUUGCUAUAGGAGAAUGGUGGAGUGGAUCAGUGCUCAAAAUCUACAUUUCCAAAGAAGAUUUAGCAAAAGCUGGAACCGAACAUGCUCUGUUAAUCAUGAACCACACGUACGAAACGGACUGGCUUUUUGGAUGGAUGUUUUGUGAAAAAGUUGGCGUUCUCGGUAAUUGCAAAGCUUAUGCCAAAAAAGUCAUUUCAUAUAUACCAACAAUAGGAUGGUCGUGGAAAUUUGCUGAAUUUGUGUUUUUGGAAAGGUCGUUUGAUAAGGAUAGAGAAAUUAUUACAAAGCAGCUUAAUGAAAUCUUUGAUUACCCAGACCCUGCUUGGCUACUGCUGAAUGCGGAAGGCACGCGAUUCACGCAGUCAAAGCAUGCAGCUUCGGUGAAAUUCGCACAAGAGAGAGGAAUGACAGUCUUGAAGCAUCAUUUGAUUCCAAGGACGAAGGGAUUUACAGCUAGUUUACCAGUACUAAAGAAAAAGUGUCCAGCUAUUAUGGAUGUUCAAUUAGUUUUUAGCGAGGAUGAGAAAGUCAAACCGACAAUUAUAAAUUUAUUACGGGGUAAAAGCAUCACAGGUCAUAUAUAUUUGAGGAGAGUAUCAAUGAGUGAGGUUCCAGAGGAUGAAGAACAAGCAGCACAAUGGCUUCAUGAUUUAUACGUACGAAAGGAUAAAUUACAAGCAAGCUUCCAUGAAACAGGCGAUUAUUUUAAGGGAAAUGAUAUUACACCAAUUGAACCGAUCACUAUACCUCGACGAUUAUCCAGCGUUUUAAAUUGGAUAGUGUGGAUGAUUAUUGCUAUGCUUCCAAUCCUAUAUUUAUUGUUUUCCAUGAUUGUUAGUGGAAAUAUUUUCUAUAUUCUAAGUGGAGUUUUCGUGUUAGUCUCAUUUCAUUUGUUGUACAAUUAUGCAAUAGGAAUGUCUAAAAUUUCUAAAGCGUCAAACUAUGGCAGCAAGAAGGUCGAAAAGAAAGACUAAUGCUUUAUAUUUUCUGGAUGUCAAUUAUAUACAUUAUAUAAUUAUACUAUUAAAUGCUCUAUUUACUCAUAAGUACUUGAUCGAAUAUUCUCUUGUACUUAACAAAAAUGUUGUUUUCUAAUUUUUUGACCAUGCACAAAUUGAAUUCAAAUAAAGUACUUUAUU